AUGAAUGUCGAUACGAUCCCCGACUUCCUCGCCGAGCAGCGGGACCAAACCGCAGAGGAGCUCCAGCCCCUUGUGCUGGACUUUGAGAACUUCUGGGAGCGGAAGCUCUGGCACCAACUCACAGAUGCCCUGGUGCAGUUUUUCGACCACCCUGACAGCGCCCCGCAGCGCUUGCCGUUUUACAAGGUUUUCGUUCUCAAGUUCGCCGACAAGAUCAACCAGCUGAAGUUGGUGGAUCUGGCUUUGAAGGCCGCGACGCAAUGCAAAGAUGACAGGGAGCGCUUGGCGUUUCUGCAAACGGUUGUGAAGAAGGUCGACAACGAGAAUUCGCAGGAUGCUCUCGUCUUCGCCUCAGUCGCUGUCGCACGGGUCAAGCUCAGCCUGAACGAGCUGGAUGACGCGAGGAAAGACCUGGACGCUUCCGAGAGAAUACUGGACACCUUCGAUUCGGUCGAAACUAUCGUUCACGCCGCAUUCUAUGAUGCAAACGCCAGCUACUACCAGCGCAAAAUGGACUUCGCCAAUUACUAUCGAAACGCCCUUCUCUACUUAGCCUGCAUCGAUCUGUCGUCCUUGUCCCCUGAGGAGCGCCACAGGAGAGCGUACUACCUCAGCGUAGCUGCGCUGGUCUCCAACAGCAUUUACAACUUCGGCGAGCUGCUUCUACAUCCCAUCCUAGACGCUCUCGCCCAGAGCGAGGAUGACGCUUGGCUGCGCGAGCUACUUUUUGCGUACAACCGUGGCGAUCUAGCUGCGUACGAUGUCCUGUCCGACAACAUCGCCUCCAACAAGCUUCUGAACGAGAAUUCUACCCACCUCCGACAGAAGAUCUAUCUCGCGGCGCUGACUGAGGCGGUGUUCCGCCGCCCACCCCAUGACCGGACCAUGACAUUCUCAACCAUCUCCCAAGAAACCAAGGUCCGACCGGAUGAGAUCGAACAUCUCAUCAUGAAAGCGCUAAGCCUCGGCUUGCUGAGGGGGACCAUUGACCAAGUGGACGAGGUCGCGCAAAUCACAUGGGUUCAGCCCAAGGUUCUUGACAUGAAACAGAUUGGCAACAUGCGGGAAAGGCUGCUUGACUGGGACUCGAAUGUCAACCAGCUAGGCAACUGGAUCGAGACGGCCGGGAAGGACGUCUGGGCCGCAUGA